AUGCCGACACCGGACUGCACAGACUAUGACAAGUUGCGGCAGGCGCUCAUGCUCCGAUUUCGCAUGACAGGAGAGGGCUUCCGCGAGAAGUUCCGGAGCGCCGCCCCAAUGAACGGAGAGACUUGCUCUCAGUACUGCACUCGUCUCCGCAAUUUUUUGGACCGUUGGGUCGAGUUGUCGCAGACAACAAAAGACUAUGAGGCGCUUUUUGACCUUUUUCUGAGGGAACGAUUUUUGGCCAACUGCGCCACUCCUUUGGAGUUAUUUCUCCGAGAGAAGGAGGAUGCCCGUUUGGCCGACAUGGUGGCAAGGGCGGAACAGUAUGUGGAGGCCCAUGGGUGGGCCAACUUCGCGAAACGCGCCGCUCCGAAGGAAAAGACGGAGGCAGCCUCCCCGAGAGGUAAUGAAAAGCCGGGUACUCCUAACCAGAUGUCCGCGGCCAGGGGCCUGGAGGCCAAGAUAUGUUUUCUAUGCUCGCGCCCUGGUCAUGUCGCCCAAAACUGCCGGGCGGGUGCGCCUAAUCAGAGUCCGCAGCAAAGGCGCUGUUUUAAAUGCGGGAAGACUGGCCACUCAAGUUGGAAAUGCUGGCAGGGGGAUUCGACAAAACCUAAGGAGACAAACAGAGGAUCGGCCUCUGCGUGUAUUGAGGAGGGGUACGUGGAGCUCAGGAAUGGAGAGAAGGUCCCCGUGGUUAAUACGGGUUUAGCACGUAAAGACUUCGAAAUGAGCGAGGGCCUGCCCGUGGUUACUGGCUUGGUUGAGGGCGAAAGAGCCCGCGUCCUUAGGGACACAGGCUGUAACACCGUCAUUGUGCGACGCGGCCUGGUUCACGACGAAAGCUUAACGGGGACGAAAUUGCUUAUCUACCUUCUGGACCGCUCCGUUUUGAUGCUGCCGGAGGCGUGGGUUGUCGUAGACACCCCUUAUUUCAAGGGCCGCCUGCGGGCCAAAUGUAUGGACGACCCGAUUUACGAUCCUAUCUUGGGGAAUGUUGAGGGUGUAAGGCGUGCCGACGAUCCGGAUCCAAACUGGAGCGCCGUGACUGCACCCGCGGCACCGCCGCUGGUCGGGGAUCGUGAGACUCCGGAGAAAAAAGUCAGUUGUGAAAGAGAGACUGUGGUUCUGGAGGAACAGGGCGGCUGCAGCGCACCCGAUUCCAGUACGUCACAGGCGAAUCCAGUGGUCACGAGGGCCCAGAGUCGCGACAAAACGCCAUUCCGGGGACUCAAGGUGAACAGAGAGCUUCCGGGAAUAAGCCGCGAGGAGCUGAUUGAGGAGCAAGGGAAGGAUCCGACCCUUAAGGCCUGCUUUGGGAAGUUGGAUCAAACGUGUGGCGGUAGGAAAGGCGACAGCCAUACGUUUUUCAUGCACGGUGGCGUGCUCACCCGAAGGUAUACGUCAAAGUUUGGAGGCGAAUUCGUGCAAGUGGUUGUGCCGAAGAGAUACCGAAAUGCGGUUUUGGAGCUCGCACAUGGCGGGGUAAUGGGCGGCCACCAGGGAACAAGAAGAACGUUGCUGAAAAUGCGGGCAGAGUUCUUUUGGCCGGCAAUGCAGGCUGACGCUAAGCGGUAUGUUGCCUCGUGCGACACGUGCCAGCGGACGACUCCGAAAGGCCACACGAGGAAAGCGCCUUUGGUGAAGGUGCCGAUAAUUGACACCCCUUUUCAGAAAGUGGCGGUCGACAUUGUGGGGCCGCUGAACCCCAGGUCAGCUCAAGGGAACCGAUAUAUUCUAACAAUGAUCGACUAUGCGACGCGGUACCCGGAUGCGGUGGCGCUCCCGAGCAUCGAGACUGAGAGGGUGGCCGAGGCGCUUGUCCAGAUGUUUUCCCGCGUCGGCGACCCGAGGGAGGUCUUGAGCGACCGGGGCACCAACUUCACAUCCGAAGUGAUGAAAGAGAUGCUAAAACGUAUGUGUCGCGAAAAACCGAAUGAUUGGGAUCGAUACCUGGCGCCGCUUCUCUUUGCUUACCGCGAAGUACCGCAGGAGAGCCUGGGUUUUGCGCCAUUUGAGUUGCUGUACGGGAGGAGCGUCCGGGGACCCCUCUCCGUUCUUAGAGAGCUGUGGACAAAUUCGGAAAUCCCAAGUGACACGAGGACGACCUACGAGUAUGUGCUUGCUCUCCGUGAGCGGCUGGAGCACACCUGCAGGCUCGCUCACGAGGAGCUGGAGAAGGCCGGGGAGCGGUAUGGCCGCUAUUACAAUCUGAAAAGCCGAAAACGCUCCCUGAAGCCGGGAGAGCAGGUUCUUACCCUGUUGCCGACUGACCAUAACAAGCUGCUCAUGCAGUGGAGGGGGCCGUUUUCCGUCGUCGAUAGAAGAGGGGACGUGGACUACGCCGUGGAUUUGGGCCACUCCACAAAGACGUUUCACAUUAAUAUGCUGAAAAAGCACCAGGAAAGAGCGACAAGCGCCAGCGUGGCCGGAGCAAGCGCUGUCCUCCCUUCAGAGGAAGGUGACUCGAGCGAUAUUACGUUGCCACCGCCGUACCAGACGCAGUUUUCUCGUGACGUUAGAAUUGGCUCGAAUUUGACGGAGGAGCAGCUGGCGGAGGCACGGGAACUCCUCCGGGAGUUCGAGGUUAUUUUUUCGGACCUGCCGGGGACGACCGGAUCGGCAGAGUGCAAACUGGACAUGCGUACCGAGUUGCCGGUUCAUGUGAAACAGUACCCGCUGCCUUUUGCCGUAAAGGAAGUCGUCGACCAAGAAGUGUCUGACAUGCUACGACUGGGCAUCGCCGAGCGAUCAGUGUACGACUUCCGCGUUGAGUAUAUUAAGGGAAGUGAGAAUGUGGGAGCCGACUACAUGAGCCGGAUUGACUAG